AUGUUAAAAAUAAGUAAAAGAUUCAUAUCAAUUUCCAAAAAUGAAACAUUUAAGUUGCCAUUUAUACCAUUAGUUAGUGAAACUGGUUUUCCAGGUGCCAUUGGUAAUACAGCAUUAUUGAAACUACCAAGAAUUUCGCAGUCAAUAGGUCGAAAUAUUUAUGCAAAAGCAGAAUUUAUGAAUCCUGGAGGUUCAAUCAAAGAUAGAGCUGCCUUGUACAUCAUAAAAGAUGCAGAGGAAAAGGGAUUGAUUAAGGCUGGUGGUACUAUUGUCGAAGGUACAGCUGGUAAUACAGGAAUUGGUUUAGCUCAUGUUUGUAGAGCAAGAGGUUAUAAAUGUGUUAUAUACAUGCCAAACACUCAAAGCCAAAACAAAAUUGAAACUUUGAAAUUAUUGGGUGCUGAAGUUUAUCCGGUUCCAGCUGUUGCAUUUACUGAUCCACAAAAUUAUAAUCAUCAAGCUAAAAGACAUGCUGAAUCUUUGGAAAAUGCAGUAUGGACAAACCAAUUUGAUAAUAUAGCAAAUAGACAAGCACAUAUAGAAACUACAGGUCCAGAAAUAUGGGCACAAUUAAAUGGUCAAAUUGAUGCUUUUACUUGUAGUACGGGAACUGGUGGUACAUUUGCUGGUGUUACAAGGUAUUUGAAAGAUAUUUCAAAUAAUAAAGUAAAAUGUGUAUUAGCAGAUCCUCCAGGUUCUGUAUUAUAUUCAUACAUAAAAUCAAAUGGUAAAGAAAUGAUUCGAGGUGGUUCAUCUUUCACUGAAGGUAUUGGACAAGGUAGAGUUACUGAUAAUUUGAAACAAGAUAUUGAUUUAGUUGAUGAUGCUUUGAAGAUUCCUGAUGAAGAUUCAAUAACUAUGGUUUAUAGACUAUUGGACGAAGAAGGGUUAUAUUUAGGUGGUACAGGGGCAUUAAAUGUUCAAGCAGCAGUUGAAGUUGCUAAAACUUUACCAGAGAAUUCAAAUAUUGUCACUAUAUUAGCAGAUUCAGCUCAUAAAUAUGCUGAUAGAAUAUUCUCAAAAACUUGGUUGAAAAAUAAAGGUUUGUUUGAUGCAUUACCUGAACAUUUAAGAAAAUAUGCAGUUCUAGAAUAA